AUGCCCAAAUCAAAAUGGAAGAAGGGGAAGGGUUCAAAAUCUCGAUCUAAAGAAGCUAAACCUGAAGUUGUGGCCAGCGUUGGAGGUGAUGAUUUCGGCGGCUCGAUUGUUGAUGCUGAUGAUUUUGAUGAGCUUGCUGAUGAAGACAGUAUUGGGCUGGUAGAAGAAGGAAUGGUGUAUGCCACUGUGAGUUUAGCUGCAGGUCUCGUGGGAACCGCCAUCUCUAACGGGUUGAUCAUGCUGAGGAAGAAGAUGGACCCGGCCUUCAAAAAGCCCAAUAAACCGCCACUGACGGUGCUGAAUUCACUAACUUGGACGACGCACAUGGGAGUGAGCGCCAAUGUGAGGUUAAGGAUUGCUAUACUUGACUCUUAA